UAUGCAUUGUCAUAAUCAUUUAACAAGUACAGUUUAUAAAAAUAACCUUUUCACAAUGGAAUCGUUUUGAUAAUUAAGUUUAUUUUUAAAUUAUAAUGAGGAUAUAAUAAUCAUUUGAUAGUGACGACUGUGAGCAUGAUAAGUGACCACUUGAUUUUAAAUUGAAGCUAUGUCAUGUGAGUACUAUAAAACCAAAACCUAUGUGAUGGAAUCUGAUAAGGAGAUUUUAGUGGAAUAUCACCAAAAAUAUGCUGCAGCCAAAAAGAGAACAUGUAUACUUGUGACUGCUAUAGUAACAGCCAUUGUUUUGAUAGUUGCAGCAGUUUGUACAUUAGGUGUAUACUUUGGUGUGUAUUAUAGCCCAGAAAAUGACAAGGCACCAAUCAAACCUACAAGUUUAAUGGGUCAAUCUUGUUCUGACCCUUGUAUAUUAAACUUGGUAGAAAGUAUUCCUGACAAUCUAACCUUUGUCCAAGGAGCACCUCUCCAUUCCUCCACAUAUGAAGGGAUAAUGAGUUUAAUGGCUAAUGCCAAAGAGACCAUAGAGAUAGCUUCUUAUUAUUGGACACUGAAUGGACAAGAUUUACCCUUCCAUGAUAACUCCUCUUGGGAGGGAGAAUCAAUCCUUGAAACUCUGAUAUCAUCUGGUAGGGACAAAAAGAUAAAGAUCAAGAUUGUUCAAAAUAAACCUAAGGGAAGAAAUAACAACACAGAAGCAUUAGCUAAAUAUGCUGGUGCAGAAGUGAGAACUUUGGAUUUUGACAAGCUAUUGGGUGCUGGAAUUAUCCAUACAAAGAUGUGGUUAAUAGACAGAAAACAUUUCUAUGUGGGCAGUGCCAACUUAGACUGGCGAUCUUAUACACAGGUGAAAGAACUAGGAGCAGUCAUUUAUAAUUGUCCAUGUAUGGCAAAAGACAUGGGAAAAUUAUUUGAUGUGUACUGGUACCUAGGUGUACCAGGUACUACUGUUCCUUCUUCUUGGCCCUCAUCUUUCAGUACUGAUAUAAAUAGCAACACCUCCAUGCAGAUUCAGUAUAAUGGCACUGCUGCAACAACAUACCUGUCAAGUUCCCCUCCGCCAUUUUGUCCUAAUGGUAGGACAGUAGACAUUGAUGCCAUAGUAGAUGUCAUACAUAAAGCAGAUAAAUUUGUGUAUAUAGCUGUAAUGGAUUACUUCCCAACUACACAAUUCUCUAGACCUAGGAAAUACUGGCCAGUAAUAGAUGAUGCUUUACGUAAGGCUGCUUUUGACAGGAGGAUAUCAGUCAAGCUUUUAAUAAGUUAUUGGAAUAAUACGUGGGAAGAAAUGCCUUUGUAUCUGAAGUCAUUGAAUAUACUGAAAUAUUCUGAUUAUGGAGUCCAUACUAACAUUGAAGUGAGAAUGUUUGUAGUACCAGCUUUCACAGAGAGUCAGAAGAAAAUACCAUUUGCCAGAGUAAAUCAUAAUAAAUAUAUGGUAACAGAUAAAACAGCUUAUAUUGGAACAUCUAACUGGUCAGGAGAUUAUUUCAUUGACACAGGAGGUAUAGGACUGAUUGUAAAUCAGAACGUGACGGCAGAGCCUGGAAAUGUACGAAAACAAUUAGAGGAUAUAUUUUACAGAGACUGGGAUUCUCAAUACUCUACUAAUAUUGAUCAUUUUAACUUUACUACAAAAAGACAUACUGAAUUAUAAUUACUAAUGCAGCAUUAAACAUAUUUGUAUAAUAGACUAGAGUACAUUACCAAAGGUGCUGAUAAUACUCAUUCUGUCUUCUAAAAAGAAUUUUGUAGAGUAGUUAUUAUCAUGGAGUGCUAACUUUGACUUCUUUAUGUAAAAAUGUUUAUUGAUAUAGAAUCUGCUGAUAGUUUACACGAGUAUUACAUGUAUGGUAUAUUUGCUCAUGAAUUCUCCACACUAAAUUCAUUCCAUUUUAUUGUCAACAUUAUAUUUACUGCAAAGGAGAAGGUUCCAUAAGGCCCCAAUUGAGCCCCUAUUUCUGGCCAAAAUUUCAAAUUAGGAUAUUUUGGCCUCUAUCACAAUGAUUCAUAGCUUAAACAAUGACUAAUUAUGAAAAAAUUAUGAAUGAUACAUAUAUAAGAUUGAGAACUUUUUUAUCCUUGCUGAAAAAUAUAUUUACAACAAAUCAAAACAGUGAUAGAAAUAACUAGAUUUGGAUAUAAACAUAAUUAAAGCCUGCUAAAUAUCAAUAUUGAAAGUGACAAGGGUCUUGUAGGCACAAAUUUGGAAUCAAGACCUGUACUUCAAAAGACAAGUCUAUGCAGUUAGUUCGCUUUGUGUAGGAUAGAAGAAAUUACCAGCCAGCAUUGUAGAUGACAUAUUUUGGCUUAGACAAUAAACAUUCAUACACAUGUUUUGUUUUCUAAAAAAUCUAGAUCUUUUUUAAUGUCGAAAAAACUACGUUUAAGCGAUAUUACUUUUAACUGCAUGACUGACUUAAAAUUAUUGAUGUGUAAAUUUGAACACGGACAAAGAAUUUUUAUGCAAAAAAUCUUUUUUCUUGCUGACAAUUUUCACCACACAGUAAAUCCAAUGAAGUAUGUAACAAUUUUGGUUGGCCUAAGAGUGUUAUUUUUAAAAGAAAAAAAUCUUUUUGUAGUAUAUACUAAUCAAUUGUAUGUACGUUUGUAAGUGAUUGUUUCAUAAUUUAUUGUUUAUGUUUAUUAAAUUAAUGUUUUUUUUGCAAUUUCUUUUGAUACUUUUGUCAACACCUCACAUAUGGUAUUCCCUUGUUACCAUUUCUGUAUAGCAUUUACGUGUCGUGAAUUAACUUGUGCAUGUCUUGAAGAAUUUACUCUAACCUUAACCAAAUUAUUUAGAAUGGAUGUCUUAGAAUAUGUUUUUACUGAUUUGUUAUGAAAAAAGAAAUAUUUGAAAAGUCAUCAGCUAUCUCUAGUUUGCCUCAAGCAGUUUUCUUCAUACUUCAAAAUUAUUGGAGGAUGAAACAGUUUCACAUGUCGCUCACUUUCUAAAGCAUGCUUUGAUCGAUUUACUUCACAAACUUUACCAAAAUUUUAAGAAUGUUGUCCUGAGGGUUAAUAUACUUUUUACAAUUUUCACUUUUAUUUUCAAAUACCUCACAAUAAAUUUCAUGAGUAUUGCUUUGGAUAGGCGUAUCAUAUGCCCAUAGCGCAGUUUGUGUAUUAAUUAUGUGUUUUAUACACCAAUUGUUACUCUGUCCACCAUAGAAGGAAAUAAAAUGUUUUUAGUAAUUUUUAUACAUGCGACAUCAAAAGAUUGACAUUAAAAAUUACAGUAAUUUUGUUUAAAUGUCAUUACAACAGGUCAACAACUAGCAGAAAAAAUAUGCCAGGUGAUAAAUGUUUUGUAAAAGGAAAAAAAAUAUUGAGUAAAAACAUUAAACCUGUACAUCAUUUGGUCUCUGGUGGAGAGUUGUCUCAUUGGCAAUCAUACCACAUCAUUUAUUUUUUCCUUAUAUAACAUAAAUUGACACACUUUGUCUGUUAUAAUGCUAAAUUUACCUUAAACUUUUAUAUAAAAAGGCUCAUCUUGUUAUAUUUUACAAUAUUUUAUGUUAUUGUACUUAAACUAAGGAGGCAACUUCUUCUGCCCAAAUGUUAAUGGCUGUGCUGUAGAGAAACUGUUCAUGCGAUUCCAUCAGUUUUUGUUAUUUACCUUGAUUCGUAUCUUCUCAAUAGAUAUACAAAAUUUAAAUAUCGCCAAAGCUCUAUAGCUAAUUAGGAACAUUUGGUGUUCAUGCUGACUAUCAUUUUAUGUGUCCUUCUCUAAAAUUGGUCGAUGAAGGUUAUUCCAAAAUCAUGUUCAGUGUAUAUUGAAAUUGGAAUCAUUCAUGUUUCCAUCAUUUUAACCAACUACAUUUUUUCUUUUUUAUAAUAUAAAUUAAAAAGUUCAAUAUUUUAA